AUGGGACAAUUUCAUCAAUCUGCCCUUUACAGCAGUUCAUCCCAUUUACAGCCGCCGGAAGAAAAAGUCCCCUACAAAGAUACCAUCAUCAUUUCUCCUUUGGCCGCUCGCUCUCCAAGUCCACCUAAGGUCACGAUUGAAAUUGGGCCUCCUUCUCCAUCACCACCUCUUUCUCCUCCUCCACAACCUGCUGCUUCUCCUCCUCCUUUGCAGACUUACGGUCGUGAUUCCCACCGCAAUGUUUUAACCUUUCCCUCCCCUGCUGCAACGGAAGGAAAUAUAGUCAGGCCCAAAAGUCUGAACACUGGCGCAAGGCCAUGGUCGACGAAUUUAAUGCUUUACAGAGAGCUGGCACUUGGACUCUGGUUCCUUCCACGCCUACUAUGA